AUGCCAUCUCUCGAGAUUUUCUCUCAGAAUGAGCCGAUUGCGUCGCUGUAUGCUCGAUCCUUGAACCUAGGAUACGCCGCGAAUUGUUGCUUCCCAUGGCCCCGCCCACAUCGUGACAUUUUCGGAGACUGUUUGGUCUGGUAUGGACACAUCAGCGGUCUACUAGGAUUGCAGACGGCUCGACGGGAAGGAAAGCCACUGUAG